AUGGAAAAAAAUAGUACAAUGUAUAUAGAAGAAAGUAGUAUUAUUGUAUUAGAAAGACAAAAAAUGUUUUCCAGCAAAUUGAUAGAAAGACAUGAGAAAAUGUUGGAAAAAUGGAGGACAGAAGAUUGGUUUAAUAGUUUAAUGGAGGAAUGGAAAAAAGAAGAAAAUAUACAUGUAGGAACAAUAGAUAAAAGAAAAUUCAUUGAAGGAACAUAUAAUAUAGAGAAAAAUAUUGAAUUAGAGAAGAAAAAUGAACUAUGGAGUCAAUGGAUAAAGAAACAAAGAAGAUUAUUUACCCAAUAUGAGAAGGAAGCAUUGUUUAAUAAGCUGUUAGACGAGUAUAAUCAGGAAGAAGAUAAGUAUGAAAGAGAAGAUGAACAAACAAUAGAAAAAAAAAAUAAUAUAGAUAACAUUGAAAGGGAUCCAAAAACAGUUGAUAUAAAAGAUGAGGUUAGUGAAAAGAUAGAGAGGAUAAAAUUGAUAUCUAAAUUGUGGAUUGAAAUAUAUAUGAUGAUAUUGGAUCAGUGCAUGCAAGAAGAAAUAGAGUAUAUGAAAAAAGUUUUUUUCAGCAUUCUGUACACAGCAUGUCUGUAA